AUCCUUCACAACAAUACAUUCUCACACAAAAUUAGCACAACAUGCAUAAAAGUUCUUCAGGUUCCUACUUGGGUCCAGGAGGCUUGGAUCUGUCCCAAGCCUUCUUCAAGUCCAUUCUUCACACUGCUCCUCCCUCUCCCACCAAGAGACACACCAAGAUCUCCGUCAUCGGAGCCGGCAACGUCGGCAUGGCCAUAGCCCAGACCAUCCUCACUCAAGACAUCACCGACGAGCUCGCCCUCGUUGACGCCGUGCCUGACAAGCUCCGUGGAGAGAUGCUCGACUUGCAGCACGCCGCCGCAUUUUUGCCUCGCACCAAGAUCCACGCCUCUACUGAUUACUCCAUCACCGUCGGAUCUGACCUUUGUAUUGUCACCGCCGGCGCCCGCCAGAGCGAGGGCGAGUCCAGGCUGAAUCUUUUGCAAAGGAACCUUGCCAUGUUUAAGGGUAUCAUUCCUCCACUGGCUCGUUAUUCCCCAAACACUGUUCUGCUCAUCGUUUCCAACCCCGUCGACAUAUUAACUUACAUUGCAUGGAAGCUUUCCGGCUUCCCCUCAAACCGAGUCAUCGGAUCCGGCACCAACCUGGACUCCUCCAGGUUCAGAUUUCUCAUCGCCGAUCAUCUCGACGUCAAUGCUCAGGACGUGCAGGCUUAUAUUGUUGGGGAACACGGAGACAGUUCGGUGGCUCUGUGGUCAAGCAUUAGUAUUGGUGGAGUGCCAGUACUGAGCUUUCUGGAGAAGCAACAGAUAGAGUACGAGAAGGAGACAUUAGAGAACAUACACAAGCAAGUGGUGGAGAGUGCUUAUGAAGUGAUUCGUCUGAAAGGCUACACUUGCUGGGCCAUAGGGUACUCGGUGGCUAGCUUGGCUCGAACCAUCCUGAGAGACCAGAGGAAGAUCCACCCAGUCUCGGUGCUUGCAAAUGGUUUUCAUGGCAUCGACGAUGGAGGACAAGUGUUCUUGAGCUUGCCGGCUCAGCUUGGAAGAGGAGGUGUCUUGGGUGUCACCAAUGUGCACCUCACAGAAGAGGAAGCUCAGAAGCUGAGGGACUCUGCUAAGACCAUCCUUGAGGUGCAGACUGAGUUGGGCAUUUGAAUUUUCAAUUUAAUUAUUCAUUAGGAUGCCCCGCGAUUUGUGUAUUUCUUAUUAUUUCCCUUUGUUUUUCAUUUUUUUUUCUUUAUUAUUUAUGGCUAUCAUUUUGAUGACGCGCUGAGUCCAUGGACGGUGCAUUUUUAAUUUAGGGGAAAUGAUCAUUAAAGACCCCACAGGAACAUUAAUUAUAAUUACACAUCCCAAAGUUUUUUUUUUUGAAUGAACAUUUUGAAUUGUUGCAAUUUCAAUAAUGGACCAUAAUCUUUACUUGCAA